CUUAUCUUUGAUAGGUCACAGAGAUAUGUUGAUACACUUAAUAUUUACUUUAUGUAGUCAGUAGAAUAUAGAUAGCACACUAAUAUGCUUAGGAUUGGGAAUAGGAUUUUUGUGUUCCUUUCUCUUUGCUGCUAUGAAGCAUUCAGUUGUCCUGACGGAUGGUCUACACAUCAGUCCUCAUGUUACCAUUUCAGUCAUGAUAAAGAAGCAUGGGCAAACGCAGUGACAAUAUGUAAAAUUCUUGGUGGACAUCUUGUAGAGAUAGAAGAUGCUGUUGAAAAUCAAUAUCUUGUAUCCCAGGCACAACUUCAAGACAAAUCAUAUUGGAUAGGACUGAACGACCUCCAAGAGGAAGGUACAUGGGUUUGGGUAAACAGCAACGCCCCUGGAACUUACACCAACUGGUCCAAGGGACAACCCGAUAAUGCCGCGCAUAAUGAAAACUGUGCUCAAAUAAAACAACCCUAUAACUUCCUAUGGAACGAUAGCCAGUGUUAUACUCUUCUCAACUACAUCUGCGAGAAAGCAACUGAAGACUCAGAGAUUGUUGGAUAGGUGAAUGUAACCUGUGAUAUAACGGUGAAGUUGAAAGCGGAACUUUUCUUUUAUAUUUGUAUUUUAUCGAGCAGCAAUUAAAACAAAAGCAAGAACAA